CGGCUCUACGUACAACGGAUAUACUAAGGUUAAUUACAUCCUUUUUGUUUCAUUGAAGGCAUUUAAGAAUUUAGAGGUAUCACUAAUAAAAUUAAUGAAAAGAGUAAUAGCAAGUAAGCAUGGGACAGAAAGGACUACUACAGCAAACUACCAUACCCAACCUUUGUCAAAACAUUACGGAUUUUGGUUUAGUCGUUUUCCAAAGCACACAAGGUGUCUCAAAACUCGUCAGAUGCAAAAUAAAGUGCCAUAAUAUAUGAGUGUAGAGUGUUAUCAAAUAGCAAAGAUAAUCCACCACCAAAAGCCUCACCCUCAAUAUUUACACUGCAGCUAAAAAAACAAAGUAUGACAUGGAUGUGGCGUAAGAAUGCCUGCAGCGGCAACGGGAAGAAACUUCCGUCAGACGUGCCGCGAGGUCACUUGGCCGUGACAGUAGGAGAGGCAAACAGGAGGUUUGUGAUAAGAGCUGACUACCUGAACCAUCCAGUGCUUCAACAACUGCUGGAUGAGGCGUAUGAAGGAUACGGCUUCAACAAGAGUGGUCCUCUGGCUAUACCUUGUGAUGAGUUCUUAUUUGAAGAUAUUCUUCAUUUCCUUGGAGGAGGAACACACACACAGCGACCCUCUUCCCACAUACUUAUGAAAAAGCUAGAGUUGAGCUUUUCCAAAGACGCGGCACCGCUGCUUGAAGCCUUUGACAGCAAAAGGAGCAACAAAUACAAGCAUUAAUCAUAACAGUUAUUGUAGUAGUCUAAAGACAACAAGUUUCUCUUUCAGUUUCCUCAGUCUCUUGCAUUCACUAUUGUCCAGAGUAGUUCUUAACAACCAGGUUAUAUUUCCAAUUAAAAUCAUGUCAGCUUGUCCAGUUGCAAUAUCUACUACCUACUCCCUGUUCAUCUGUAGAUGAGUUUGUGCGAGUGUGUGAGUGUGUGAGUGUGUGGCGUGUGUAAUUCCUUCGUACCUGAGUAUGUAAUGAUGCAUGUAUCUAUUUUUAACAUAUAUGAUAUAUGAUAUAUGAU